AUGGAAAUUCUGUCCAAGACCCCAUCAAAAGAUUUCCAAACAAAUUUAGGAAAUAACAACAAUAAAUUUUAUUUAAUACAACUGUUAGAAGAGGAUAGCAAUAAAACCUAUUAUUGUUGGCAGAGGUGGGGUCGAGUUGGUUACAAAGGUCAAAGUAACUUGGUACCUUGUGGUGGAAAUUUAAUGAAUGCUAAAAAUAGCUUUUGUAAAAAAUUUAAAGAUAAAACUCAGAAUGAUUGGGAUGACAGAGCUGAGUUCGAGAAAGUCAGUGGUAAAUAUGACUUGAUAGCCAUGGACUAUGCUGGAACAGAUCUGGUAGAAUUAAUCUGUGACAUCAAGAAAAUGGAAGAAGCUGUCAUGGAAAUGAAAUAUGAUGCCAAAAAAGCGCCAUUAGGUAAACUGACCAAGACUCAGAUAAAAGCAGGCUACCAGGCGUUAAAGGUUAUAGAAGGUUUAAUAGAUAGUAAUAAUUUUGGUCAUAAAUUAGUUGAGGCUUGUAAUGAUUUUUACACCAGAAUUCCUCAUGAUUUUGGGUUCAAAACACCUCCAGCCAUUAGAACAAAACCUCAAGUUAAAGAAAAAUUACAGCUGUUAGAGGCUCUAGGUGAUAUAGAAAUUGCUAUCAAUAUAUUAAAAUCUGGUGAUAAGAGUGAGAAUCCUGUGGACAGACAUUAUCAUAGUUUGAAAUGUGAAUUAGAUCCAUUAGACAAAACACAUGCCGACUAUCAGAUAUGUAAUGAAUAUCUCCAGUCCACCCAUGCUAAAACACAUAACCAAUAUAAAAUGGAGUUAUUGGAUGUGUUUAAAUGUGAUAAAAAUGGUGAAUCUUCACAAUAUAAAGACCUAGGUAACAGAAUGUUAUUAUGGCAUGGAUCUAGAUUGACUAAUUGGGUUGGUAUUUUAAGUCAAGGGUUACGUAUAGCACCACCAGAAGCUCCUGUUACUGGUUAUAUGUUUGGUAAAGGUGUAUAUUUUGCUGAUAUGUCCAGUAAAAGUGCUAACUAUUGUUUUACAUCCAGGUCUAAAAAUAUUGGUAUUUUGUUACUGUGUGAGGUAUCAUUGGGUAAUGUUAAUACUUUAUUAAGUGCUGAUUAUAAAGCUGAUAAACUACCCCCAGGCAAAGACAGUGUACUAGGUGCUGGACAAGUAGCACCAGAUCCAACAUGCAAUAAAACUCUGUCUGAUGGUGUGGUAGUACCAGUAGGUAAAGGUGUAGAUACUAAAGUAAGGAAUUCUGCUGGCUACACUCUCAAUUAUAAUGAAUACAUCGUCUACGAUACCAAACAGAUUAAAAUGAAAUAUCUACUUAAAGUCAAGUUCAAUUAUAAAUAA